UUAAUCUGGUAAUCCUAUUCUGAAACCGUGGUACGGAGUUAGCGUAGACGCGGCGCUAACCUCUCCAAUUGACGGAGAGACGAAACGGGCUGUGGUUUAACUUUUAAUCCGAAAGGAAGGAUGUUUUAAGUAAUUUCCGUCGUUUUUUCUUGAAGGGCAGAGAUCCCGUUUCCUGUAAUAAUAAUUACUUUUAAUCCGAGGGAGCUCAAAGGAAACCGGAUAUCGACUUUCCCGAAUGAAACAAAUAGAAUAAAAUAAACCUCUGUUUUUUUUUUAGAUUUAACGGAAUGCUUUGACUGCUAUGGAGGCUACAGACAACGACAUCCCCGAACUCGACAAGACAGCCGACCCCAGUGGAAGCUCUGGGCUGGUUGCUAGGUUACAGACCCAGCUAGCCGACGCACUGCUGGAGAUCGAGAACAUCAAGGCUGUGGCGACGAUCUCAGAGAGCACCAAACAGGAAGCGAUCGAGGAAGUGAGGCAGCGGUGCCAGGAAGAGGUGGCCUCGCUGCACACCAUCAUGAAUGAGUCAAUCAGUGUCUAUGAGUCUCAAGUUGCCAGUCUGGAGUCUGAAUGCGUGGAGAGGAGAGAGGAGAAGAGAGGGGGAGAGGGGAGAGCAGAGCGAGAGAGGAGGAUGAGUCUGGAGUCUGAGAUGGAAAGGGCUCAAGCGGACUCUGAGAGGUGGAGAGAAAUCGUGCAGCCGCUGGAGAGAGAGAUCAGAGAACUGAGAGAGCAGCUGAAACGAGAGAGAGGGCAGCAGCAAUAUUCCAGGCCAGCCGCAGGAGAGGAGGAGGGAGGAGAGAGGAGGAGGGGGGGGAGAGCAGGAGCUGGGGGUUGUCACUCCCGGGGUGGGGAGGUAGGGGAGGAUGAAGAGGUUGAUUAUACCUCCGAUCCAUCACUCCCCCGCUCCCUGCCCCCCUCCCCUCCUCUUCUCUUUGAGGGGGGGGGCAGUGAGGACGACACUUUCUCCUGUCGGAAUGGGGGGACAGGGGAGGACCCCGACUCCUUCUCUCUGGGGACCCCCUGCCUGGAGCGCAGGCACCCCCAGAUUCUGACCCCGGAGCAGGAGGAGACAGCCUCGCUGGUGUCGACUGGGACCCUCGUACCCGAGGCCAUCUACCUGGCCCCCCCCGGGCACAGACUGGUCACUGACAAAGAGUGGUGGGGCCUGCAGGCACAGUUGAAGCAGGUCCAGAUUUCGCUGAGCCAGUCAAACCAGGAGUUUGAGAGAGAGAGGAGUGAGAAAGAGAGACUGGAGCAGGAACUGAAACACAGUGCAUUGGAGUGUGCCAAGCAGGUGUCUGUUUUGAUGGAACAGGUCCAGAACUCUGAGUCUCUGCUUCAAACAUUGCAGAAAACUCUCAGCCAAUCACAGAGCUCCGUGCAACAACAGCUGGCAGAGCUGUCUCGGGCUCAUCAGAGGGUCAGUGUGGAUCUGCACCGGCUCUCCGCAGAGAACCACACCCUGAAGGGGGGAGGCGGAGAGGGGGGGCUGCCACCCAGCGCCAUGCAGGGGGUGCACUCUGAGGAGAGGCUGAGGAUCGAGAUCGUGAAUCUCAGAGAGCAGUUGGAGACUCGCACGGAGAUGUGUGAAGUCCUAGAGGUGCAGCUCUGCAGUCUCCGGACAGAGUCUGAUCGGGUUCAGGGUGAGAAGCAGCAGCUCUUCUCUCAGAUGGAGUGUGAGCUGCAGGAGAGCCGCAGUGCCGUGAUCAGCCUGAAGGAGGCGCUAUCACAGCUGCAGGGGCGUGCAGAGGAGGACAGCACUGAGAGGGCUGCUCUUCAGAAGCUCUUCUCCGAGGAGAGGAAUAAGUGUCAGUGUCUGCAGGCGGAGCUUGAUACCAGCGAGGGGGUGCAGAGAGAUUUCGUCAGGCUGUCCCAGAUGCUGCAGAUGCGAUUGGAGCAGGUUCGACAGGCCGAUUCCCUCGAGCAGAUCAGAGACAUUCUUGACCACACCCACAUCUCUGACAUCCGUGACCUCAAGGAGCAGUGAGCCAACCAGCUCAGCCAACCACAGCCCCAGCUGCAAUGUCUAUAGAGAUAUACUGAAUCUGACUACUUCUGAUUACAAGCUCUUGAGAUUAAAGUUUUGGGACUAAGCAAUAGUUUAUAUACUGGAUGCAAUGCAUUUCAAGAGAGCUAUACUGUACCAUAGUUGGGGCUGGAUUUUUUUCACAGUAAAACAUGGUUUAUUUUACUCUCUGUAAUUAGGUAUUUCAAGAUAUUUCAUGAUUUAAACAUGAUAUUUGUUAAAGCAGAAAAAAUAGCAUUGUGUCAUUCAAAAUUGAUCAUUUUUUCCAGUUACUAUACAACAAAUGUUCCUAAAUAUUGAAAUAUACACCGUUUUUAAAGACAUUCUGUUUUCACCAUCAGUGAAUUAUCAAACAAAACAAAAACAUAAAUAAGUUAAAAUAACAGCAGGCACGUGAACUGCCCCCUUGUACUGCACAGAGUGAUCUUUAGCAGAAAUAUUUCCAAUCUUUAAUGCAGCAGCUGCUGUCUUUUCGUUGAAGAAAUCGCACAGCUCUGUGCAGUGUGUUCAAACUAAACCGACUGCCAGCUUAGGGCGUCAGUAAGGCAAACGUUGGCUGUAUUUAUUUAAGUGAUAAUUCAAAUUAUUUUGAGAAAUUUGAAUUUUCACAGGGAACUACACAUUACACAGCAAUGGGAAAUCCAGUGAUAACCGUGAAAAAAAUAUAGCCUCAUUAUACUGCAGUAUAACGAUAAUGUUACUGCAGUAUACUGUACUAUAUUGAUCCAUAAUUCCUGUUUUCACUAUGAGUUUAAAUAUACACACCAGCGCUUGUUACCUUUACACACUGUGGCUAAUCAAGCUGGAAUGGGUGAAGCCCCUACGCAAUAGAGAUCUUAUUUUCACCCCUGCAAUAAUAAUGCUGGUUAUCAUCGCAGGGAUGGGAAUCAGACUCCCGUUGCAUAGCAGUCAUUCCUGGUUCUGCUAUGAGUUUAAUAAGACGCACUUGAGCUUGUUUCCUGCUCACACUGUGGCUAAUCAAGCUGGUAGGAAAACCUGGACUGGGUGAAACUGCUGCGCAAUAGGAGUCUUAUUCCCAUCCCUGUCUAACUUCUGUUACUGUAAUAAGAGUAUUUAUAAACACUGUUCUUUGUUACAUCUGUAAAACGGACCUAACCUUUAAAACUCAGGCAUUCCACUGCGGGAUUUACUACAUAAAACCUGCUGUAAAUGUGUGAAUUUAUUAUAUAAAUAUACACAUUGUACAUAA